CGAAGUAGUCGUAGUUGGUACUGACCACGUAUCCCGUAAGAUGUUUCUCAAGAUAACCACUUUGACGGCGUUCGCUGCCAUUGCCCGGGCAGGAAUUUUACAACCAGCAGCUGUCGUAGCUCCUAUAACUGCUGCUGUCGUAGACAACGACUACGACCCUAACCCACAGUACGCCUACGGGUACGACGUUCACGAUGCUUUAACGGGAGACAGCAAGAGUCAAGUCGAAAGCCGCAACGGAGACGUUGUUCACGGUUCUUAUUCUCUAAAUGAUCCUGAUGGCACCCGUCGUACCGUUGACUACUCUGCCGACCCGAUCAACGGAUUCAACGCCGUCGUCCGAAAAACUCCCCAGGUACCAAAUCAUGCCGUCUUGGUGGCCAACGUAGCACCCGUUGCUCAUUUGGUAGCUGCUGAGGCAACCAAAUCCAGUAAGGCCGUACCUGAGUUCACCCCUGUUGCUUCUAUAUCGCCUGAAGGAGCUUCGAUUUCUUCCUUAGUGCACACCUCCAGCAGCGUGGUUCAUAACAGCGCUCCUGUCGUUGCACACUUGAUAGCUCCCAUUGGAAUUUCAUCGUUCACUUCACCCCUUGUCUCUUUGUCAUACUCUGCAGGAACUUAUGGUUAUGGAAGACCAACCCUAUAUUCAAGUCUGCAACAUUACAAAGCUGCUCAUUAUUUGUAGAUGGU